CUACAUUUUGUUUCCUCUCACAAAUAUACAGCCACCCUCAUCGCUUAAGCCAUGCGUCGUGGAUCCUCUUCUCAAGUUGUACCAGUAAUCCUUGGUCGUGAUUUACCUCCUUUUCGUCCGAUUCCUAAAACUCCCGAAGAAGAACGACAAAUCAUGAGUAAAGUUUUGUUCCUUUUGGUGGUAGAACUUGAACGAGUGUUGGCACCAAAAAUCACAGGAAUGCUUCUUGAAUUGGACGAAGACAGUAUUCUUGAUUUGAUAGCAUCACCCGAAGCCCUCAAAGAAGCUGUCAAAGAGGCAACUAAGGUUUUAGCUGACUGGAUUCCGCAACAGCUAAAACUGGAAAAGAAGGAAGCUGCUUGCAAGUUCUUGGCUUCCAUCCUCCCUGAACCUAAACUCUGAAAUGUGUUUAUGGUUGUUGUUUAUCAAUAUGAAAAUUAAAUCCUGGCUUCAAGUUUGAGUUUUGAAUCUUUGUUUUCGUUUGAAUAAAAAUAUAAUUAUUGUUA